AUGACCACAACUGAAGUGCCCAUAGGGGCGAAAGUUUCCGUAUCAGCUGGUAUAGGUAUCGUGAGAUGGACGGGAAGUAAUCCCCCCUUCAGCAGUGGGAAAUGGGUUGGUGUGGAAUUGUCCGAGCCGACAGGGAAGAACGAUGGGACCGUACAAGGGAUGAGAUAUUUUGAUUGUAAACCUCAACAUGGAGUAUUUGUUCGUCCUAGUCAAGUCAAGGUUUUGGAAACUCCAAAGUCUCGACCUUCUUCUACCAGACCACCUGUGACACCUAGUAUAUCUCGCGUAUCUUCAGCUGGACCUCCUCGAGCUGGCUCGCCUCUGAAGAAAUCUGGACCUACCACACCACCUAGAUCUGGGGCCUCAGCCGCUACUCAGGUAACUUCACCUUCGACUACAGCUCGAAAACCAAAUGUAACCACUCGACCACCUUCAAGUGUCUUCAAACGACCACCGUCGGUCAUGGAAAAUGUUCCUGCCACCACAAGCAGAAGAGUCUCAAGUCCAGUCAAGACUUUGGACGAACACAUGGAAGAAGAUCAACGAGUCAGUUCACCCGUUCCCACCGAACGGGUCAUCUCCCCCACUCCUUCACAACCUGCCUCAGCCAGACUAGUGUCCAGAGGUGUGUCUGGGGCCUUUUCCUCAGUCGGAGUACCUCCAUCUUUGCCCGUGGCGGGCCCGUCUUCGCGGCCUGCGUCUCCGGAGAAAGAGCAUUCCGCUGGCUUUGCGCAAAAACGGGAGUUGGAAGAAUUGAGGAUCAAGGUCAAAAUCAUGGAAAUGCGAAAGAAUGAUGAUCAACAAAAACUGCGUGAGCUGGAGAGUAGAGCUAGUGAGGCGGAUGCAUUGAAGGCUGCUCGUGUAAAGUUGCAAGUCAAAUUCCAAGAACUCCAGGCAUCCCUGGUCGCAGCACAAAGACAAGCUCGAGAUCUGCAGUCGGAAAACACACUGCUGGAGAGUAGAGCGUCUGAAGCUGUGGACCAGUUGGAAAUGGCAGCCCUGGAUAGAGAAGUGGCAGAGGAGAAAGCAGAGGCCGCAGAGGCCGACGCGGUCAAAUUGAAUGAGAAGUUAGCCGAGCUUGAAAUGGAAAUUGCCGUAUUGAAAGAGGAGAACGCGGAGUACGAAAAGCCAGUGUCUGGAGUGGAAGGGGAGCGAACUUCACUGGCUUAUAUCCAGCUGGAAAAGCAUAACGAGCGUCUGAAAGAGGCUCUCAUCCGGUUACGGGAUGUAUCCAAUGAGAAUGAACGGGAGUACAAGAACAAACUCGCAGAGGUUGACAAGGAGCUUACGUCCCAAGACAACUUACUCAGUCAACUUGAACUGGCCGAGGCAAAGCUAGCUAAUGCGGAGGCCCAAGUGGAAGAUCUCAAGCAGCAACUGGAUGAUGCUCUCGGUGCUGAGGAUAUGCUUGUCCAGCUCACUGAACGGAACCUACAAAUGAGCGAGCGUAUGGAGGAAAUGCGAGUCACCAUCGAGGACCUCGAAGCUCUGAAAGAGCUCAAUGAUGAGUUGGAGGAGACACAUGUAGAAGCUGAAAAGCAACUCAAUGAGGAGUUAGAUGCUCUGAAUAUCCAGCUUCGGGACGAACGUAAGAGAUCGAACGAUCUUGAUUCCGUCGUGAUCGACAUGGAAAGCACCAUAACACAAUUCCGAGACCUGGUCGGGGCUUUGCAACAAGAAAUUGAUGAUCUCCGUAUGCAACAAGCCACUCAGGAAAUCGAAGUUGCCACAAAUACCAAAGAGGCGCAGGCGAUCUUGAAUAUGAACUUGAAGCUCCAGUCGUCUGUAGUCAAGCAACAAAGCAAGACCAUCGAUCUGGAGCUCAAAAAGCUGGAAGUCGCUCAGCUGACGGAACACCUGCGUAUCGUUCAAGUCUAUCUACCCGGCCCCUAUCACGAGACUGAUGCCGAUCCCACUGCUGCUCUCUUGCUCUUCCAUCGUCUAUCGGCCAAGGUCGAUACUCUUAUUUCGACGAUCUCUCAGGCUCACGGGAUCCCCGCAUCGCUGCAUACUGCCUCUUCUGAGGCUUUAGUGGGAGUAUGCGAGUUGCGAGGGAAGUUGGGCCACUUUUCUCUGCUCAACAAACGAUUUGCGGGCAUCCUACAGCGCAUCGACCCCGACGGCUGGGUGGUACUGGGCAAGGUGAUCGACGAGCUUGGAGGAGUCGAAGCAAGAGUAGAUGGUUGGAUUGGACUGGUCAGAAGUGACGAAUUUAGUGAAGGGGAUUGCGCUAGAGAACUGAGCAGCUUGAUUGCUCAAUUUGACCAUCUCGCAGCAACCUCAUUCGACCAUCCUACUCUUGACCUAGGAGAGCAGCAACUGGGCCUGGCUUAUAACAUCAAUUACGACCUAGAUAAUUUUGCUGCCGCUGUUGGCUUUGCUCGACAAGCAAUCCUCGCUUUGACCCAACAGGAAGACAUCGAAGUGGAAGUUGGAGAGUCGUCUCUGGAAGAAGGGGUGUACGAACCUGUGCAGCGUAUCCUGGAUCAAGUCCGAGCUGUCAAAGUCCCAUCUGGUAAACUAGUAUCGGAAGUCACCGAACUCGUCUCAAAGUCAAUGGCUCUCGCUCCUGAUAUGUCGGUGGCCCUUGCCGACCUAGCUGUGGCCGUAUCGAACGCUGUCGACCUUGCCGUACAGCUAGCACAACGUAUAGCCGCACACGUUGCUUCUCUGCGCGCUAGUAAAGAACCUCUACGACUGGAAGAGAUUGAGGGGUUUUUGGAACAAUUAGUGGCUGAUUCUGCCGUCCCAUCGGACGCUCCUCCAUGGGAACAAAUCGGAAUGUUCAUCUCGCGUCUUGGAAUCGAUUUGGGCUUGGUGUUGCCCAAGAUCAGGUCGGCCGUCAAGACCGGGCAUUUAGUAUCGAUGGACAUUCCGCCGCCAUGGUUGGCCAGAGUCGCUGCGAUAAGAGAAGCAGCCACGUAUAAUGCAGAUACGGAACGAAAGAUCGUCAAGCUCACUGAGGAGGUCAAGGAUAUGCUCCGUGAAGUCAAAUUACGGGACCAAUCAUUACAGGAAUCCGGGGUCAAGGUUGAGACACUGGAGCGACGACUCGAAGCGACCCGAAAGCAGGCCGAUAUCAUCGUCGAGCUCGAGAACGAUGUCGCAAAAGCUAAAAAGCAAGAGAAAGUAUACGAAGAUGCCAUUGCUCAACUUCAAAGUGAACAAGAUGCACUCGAAGCUGAAAACGCCCGAUUACGAAAACAAGGUGGUCCAAUCGAUUCUCGUCAAGCUAAUGCAACAUCAUCUUCGAUGGCUGAACCACUUCUCUUAUCCAAUGCCACGGUUGGUAUGGAAGUAUCUCAACUUGCAGAACAGGUCGAAAACCUCAAAACUGCCGUUCGAUUCUUACGAAAUGAGAAUUCUCUUUUGAAAUCUAGACAAUUAUAUAAAGAUCUUGGAUUCUUACCCUCUAUACCUUACUCUUCUCCCUCAUCAUCCUUCUCUCCUACCACAUGGAACACGCCAGAGUUAGUCAGUAACAAACGUUCAAAUAUCGUAGGAGCGGACGGAAGUCUUGAUUCUCCUACUUCCUCUGACGAUGGAGAAUUACCAGUCACUCCUACCAAGAUCACAAAACAAUCUUUGGAGACGAAUACGAAAUUGUUGUUCCGCCAAUUAGCAGAAUUUCGAUCAAGUCCGAGAAUAGUGGAUAUCUCUCAGUUGGGCGGUACGGCUUGGAGAAGUAAGAAAAAGAGUCCGGAGUGGCAAAUGGCAGAAUGGAGGAGACAGGAACAGAGAUUAGAGAGAAGAUUGGAGGAUUUGACAGAACAGGCGAGGGAGUUGGAAAGGAGAGGUAGAUGA